UCCAUCGCCUGCCUAUGCCCAAUCUGAAGGACGAGCUCCAUCAUUCGGGGUGGAAUGCCUGUAGCAGCUGCUUUGGGGAUGCCACAAAGAAAAGAAACCGUCUGAUUCUACCAAGUCUGAUCUCUUCUCGCAUUUACGUGGUGGAUGUGGGAACAGACUCGCGAGCUCCUAGAAUCCAUAAGGUUGUUGAGCCCGUGGAGGUAUUCUGGAAGGGCAACGUGGCUAAUCCUCACACCUCGCACUGUCUGGGCAGUGGGGAAAUCUUAAUCAGCUGUUUGGGAGACCCUGCUGGCAACGGAAAAGGUGGCUUUAUUUUGCUGGACGGAGAGACCUUUGAAGUGAAAGGAAAUUGGGAGAAUGGGGGAAAGGUGCCCUCCCUGGGUUAUGACUUCUGGUAUCAGCCACGCCACAACGUCCUGAUGAGCACUGAAUGGGGAGUCCCAAAAGUCUUGUCAAAUGGGUUUAACCCAGCUGAUGUAGAGAAAGGGCAUUACGGCCGCCGCAUUAACGUGUGGGACUGGAGCACUCACACCUACAUCCAGUCAAUUGACUUGGGGAAGGGCUCCAUACCUCUGGAAAUCCGAUUCCUCCACGAUCCGGACGCUGCAGAAGGGUUUGUUGGGUGUGCUCUGAGCAGCACGGUGCAUCGGUUCUACAAGACAGAGAAAGGAGACUGGGCGGCAGAGAAGGUGAUUGAAGUGCCCAGCAAGAAGGUGCAAGGAUGGCUCCUCCCUGACAUGCCUGGUCUUAUCACUGAUAUCCUCAUCUCGCUGGACGACAGGUUCCUGUAUUUCAGCAACUGGCUGCAUGGAGACAUCCGCCAGUAUGACAUCUCCAACACCCGCAAACCCAAGCUGGUGGGACAGGUGUUUCUGGGAGGCAGCAUCACAAAGGGUGGGCCUGUAACCGUAGUGGAAGACAAGGAAUUGCAGAGUCAGCCCGAGCCAGUUGUGAUCAAAGGGAAGAGGGUGCCGGGUGGACCUCAGAUGAUUCAGCUCAGUUUGGAUGGGAAGAGACUGUAUGUCACCAGCUCUCUCUACAGCGGGUGGGACAAGCAGUUCUACCCAGAUCUUGUCAGGGAAGGCUCUGUUAUGCUGCAGAUUGACGUGGAUACUGAAAGAGGUGGAUUGACAGUGAAUAAAAACUUCCUAGUGGAUUUUGGGAAGGAACCUGAUGGGCCUGUCCUAGCUCAUGAGAUUCGUUACCCUGGUGGAGACAGUACUUCUGAUAUCUGGAUGUAAUUGUUGUAUGGAGGUGAUUUUGGUUUUUUUUCUUAUGUAUUUUUUUUUACUCUUUCUUCCUGUCUCUCCUCCCUACCCUCCACUUCCCUUUUCUAUGGGCGAAUCAGUUCAGCUGGGACUUUGCUACCUAAAUGUCGAAUUCCGUUAGGGUGAGCCACAGAAGCUCC